AUGUCCACCGCAACGCCUACCACUCCCGCCCUUCCUACCUCAACAGCCGGCCUUACUCCAGAGCAAGUCGACGCACUUUCCGCCUAUGGAUACGUGCCAACGGAAUGGGUGUGCAUCAUGUACGUCGCACUAUUCAGCAUUACUACAGCCACCCACCUCGGCCAGGCCAUCUACACCCGCUGCUGGUGGCUCCUCCCCACCGUUGGUCUAUGCGGCGCGCUCGAAAUAUUUGGUUGGGCGGGACGCCUUUGGAGUGCGCACGAGGUGCUGAAGAAGGACCCUUUCAUGAUGCAAAUUGUCGCCACCAUUCUGGGUCCUACGCCCCUCCUCGCUGCCAACUUCAUCGUCAUGGGUCGCAUAGUGGGAAAGCUUGGACCGGCAUUCAGUCGACUGAGUCCGAGACUUUACUCGAUAUUGUUCCUCUCGUGUGACAUCGUGUCUCUCAUCGUCCAAGGUGUCGGCGGUGGGAUUGCGGCAUCGGCGACUGAUCACGAAAAUGCAGAUCUUGGCGGUAACAUCAUGCUCGGCGGCAUCGCCUUCCAAAUCGUCGUCAUCACCUUCUUCACCGCAUCCUCUGCCGAAUUUCUCUGGCGCUACUGGUCAAAUAAGCCUAUCUCCAGCACUAUGAGCACGAAGAUACCCAACCGCUCGACACUCCCGACCAAGCUCCAACUCGCGCUCUACCUCGUGGUGGCGUCGACAACCCUCCUCUUCAUCCGUGCCAUCUACCGCACGAUUGAGCUCUCGGACGGCUGGGGAGGAGAGAUUAUCAAGACGGAGAUAUGGUUCAACAUCUUCGACGCCGCGAUGGUUGUUGUGGCCAUGUACUUGGAGAACGUGCUGCACCCGGGGUGGCUUCUCGCGGUCGAGAUGGAUGAGGGAGUGUACAAGCUGCAAGAUUUCUAA